UAUUAGCAAAAUGGCGCACAAAGUUGAUGAUUUUCUAUCACACAAAAAAAUUAAGCUUCAAAACUAAACUAAUACAUCCAUAAAAAAUGUUAUUAUAAUAUGUGUGCAUGACUAGUUCUAAAUUGCGACAGGUUUUCUAAAAAUAAACCUGAUGUUUUGUUUAACGCGGAUAAAAACAAUUCCUAUUUAAAAAAAAAAACAAGGUUCACCAACUUGUUUACAAAACCAGGAACAACUGUGUAAUUUUUUGUAACAUAUUUCUAUAAAUUAUAAACCUUCCAAGAAGAUUACAGAUUUAAUAUAUUUCCAAGAAGAUUAAAAUUUAAAUAUUUAAUAACUUUCAUUACCAUACCAGGUUUAAUGGUUUAUGGACGCACCAGCUGCUAAAUUAAAAACAUCAUGUAGGCCUAGUAGAUCUACUAUUUAUUUGAUAGCCCACAAUGUAUGAUAAUGUUAUGUUAAUUUUCUGUGUGGUCUAGUAACUUACAAGCAUUGUAGCCCAGCUAAAAAUACAAUAAAAAUGAAUGGCAACAUUCCUUUUGUUACUAUGGGAUUCAACAUGCUUUUCCCAUGUGCUACUGGAAUACAAGCACCACAGAAUAAAAGAAAUGACUCCAGUUUAAAAAGUAUUUUAGGAAAACAGCAACUCGUUAGUAUGCAUCCAAUGACCAUCAUCCAGCAGGACAUAAACCCUGUUAGCAAAAGGUAUGUCAAGAUGAUCAGUGAAGACUUAUCAUUUUCGGAGGAUGUAGUAGCUGGUCGGUGUCUGCACUCUAUGCCUUACAAUCCAAAGUACUUUGAGGAUAUUUUUAAACCUGGAGAACUAAUUAUGAAGAUGAAACGAGAGCGCAGCAUAUCUGAAAAAUAUGCUUCUCAAAAGACAGAUAUUUCGUUGAAUGUUAAUAAAAAAGUAAAGCCUCUAUGCUUACCUCCUCUUGAUGCUAAUGUAAAAGGAAAAGCCACUCAGCUACAUCAACAAGCUUUAGUUUCUCACAAAAAAACACAGAAGCAAAAACUAGAAACUAAUAAUAUUUUUAUGACAGAAUGUCCUACAAAUGAUGCUCCAACUACUAAUCCUAAAUUAAAAACAUACACAUUGAAAAAAACAGAUAAAGGUAUUUCUAGUGUUAACAGUGAAGAGGCCAAUGAAGAAAAGUUUAAUUUAGCCAACAACCAAACAGAGAAAAAUGACUGGGAUGAAUUCUUGAUGUCAAAGUUAAGUCAGCUGACUGCCAACUGGAUUGCUCAUGAAUGCACACCGGAAGAUCAACAGAAAGGAAAGCUGACAGGUGUUCUCAAGUCAUGGUAUGGGGCCCCAACACACACAGACUUAGUAAGAGAAGACUGCAGUGAUGGAGAGGAAGAUGAGAAAAAAACGCAAGUUGUCAAAACAAAGUGGGUGAAACAAGAAGGGCUAUUGUUGUCCCGUAUUCAAGACAUACAACAAACUUCUGGUGAAGCUUUAGACCCCUAUUCUGAUGACAACAGAGCACCAUUUUAUCGCCAGCCUGCAGGAGUAAGAGCCAAAAAGAAAAUUGAACUCAAAGAAGAAGGUGCUAUGAAUGCUACAGCACAGAUUACACUCAGAGAACGCCAGCAGACGCCACCUCUUAGGUUUACAGAUAUCAUGAGUGCACAGGUGGGGGACAAAGUUUAUCAAACAGAAAACCAGUUUCAGCAGGAAUGGCUCAGUGGCAAGAAGCAAGUAUUUGUUAUAGGUGCUGGAAAAGAUGAGAUUAUCAUGGAGACAGAGAACAGAUACAAAAAAAACCUGCAACAGGAAGUUCCACAAAAACCUGAAGUCUGGUCCCAAGACUUGAGUCAGGCUGACACUAUUCCAGAGUCCGGAGUCAAAGCAGACAGUCUUCCAGAAGUUGGUGCCAAGCGCUGGACAAACCUGCCAGAGCCAGUAGAUACAACAAAAGGACUGAUGGUUGAUGUAACCAACACAGCAGAUUCAACACAAAAAUCAUCAGCUCAAAAACAACAAGUGAAACAUAAUAACACUUUGGUUACCCUAGCCACCCAGUGGAGAAAGAAAUGGUUCAUGAGUGGAGCUGUGUCAGACAGCACACCUGACGACCUGGUCAGGGACAUGACGGACAUCCAGGCUCACGUCAGGAUGAAAGCCAUUGGGACAAUUCUUAAGGCUAGAGAGAUGCAGCAAUCAGUGGAAAAUCAUAACUCCAGCACACAAGAGUUCCCAGAAAAAAUUUAUGUAGCACUGGAAUGCCUUUUGGAUGAUAAGCAUGAGGAGGUGAAGAAAUCAGCAGCCAUGACACUUUAUGCCCUAGAUCGUCCAACUGACAAGGCUAAGGAAGUGCUGUACGAGAUGUUAAAUGGAGAAAGUUCUGUUGACCGCUGGGCUGCAGCUCAGUCUCUGGCCCAUUUUGGUGAGAUGGACUCGGACAUCGUGGGGGAGAUGAUCAGACAACUCCAGAACUGCCAGGAUCCCAUCCAGAUGGAACAAGGAGUUGUGUUGCUGAACAAGCUCAGCUCUCAAACAAAUCUUGUACAUUGUAUGGUGGCGGAGCAGCUGAACAGUAACAGUUGGCGCCAUAGGGUGAUGGCUUGUAGAAUCUUACCUGCCUUGUCAGGGACUAUCAACCAGGACAUCACCCAAAAGUUGACUGACCUCAUGUGGCAUGACUGGCAUGAUGACGUGCGUGUGGCAGCUGCCCAGUGUUUGGGGAAGACCAGCCACGGCAGGGAGGUCCAUGACAAGCUCAGGGAACACAUCCUCCACGGGGAGGAGAGGUCUAGGGCUGAUGCCAUCGACAAACUGGGAAAACUUGGCCUGAUGACCAGCAAACUGCUGCCAGCCUUCCUGCAAUGUUUCUCUGACCCGUAUGUCUCUGUACGCUCUCAGGCCUGCCUGGCAUGUGGAGAGCUACAGAUCAAGGAAGAGCAGGUCAUUGACAGCUUGGUCAACCUUGCGACCUUUGACCCCAUCUGGAAGGUUAAAGCCCUGGCUAUUCAAGCACUAGGUAGAAUUGGAUGUGUUAGUGAAGAUAUCAAGGAAUGUUUAGUGUGGGCCCUGCGCUAUGAGAGCCAUGAGGGUGUCAGAGCUGAGGCCUGCCACACGUUGGCUGAGCUCAACAUCCAUGAUGAUGAUGUCAUGCAUGUUCUUCAGGAGAGGCUGCUGGUUGAGUCAAGUCUGAUGGUUAGAGAAGAAAUCAUAGAUUCACUGAGCAAGUUUGGUUUCAAGAUCUCAGAGGAAAUGGACACAGUGGGUCAGAUCAAGGCAGAGGUCCACAAACUUUGCACCAGAAACUUGAUAGCUGCCCAGAUUUUGGUCAAUGAGAAGGAUGAACUCAAACGUUCCCAGUUGGAGAGAUUUGUGUGUCAGACAGCCCUGGAUAUUGAGGUUCUAAACCAGAAAAAAGCUGAAGUUCUGCACAGGAUAAUCCUGGAGGCUCAACGACUUCCGUCUGCUAAGUCUGACAAGGUCAAAGGUCAUCCCACUCCUGAUCUUCUGAGCAGAGAGGGUACAAGUUUCUCCGCCGCAGACAAAGAACUGGAAGAAAUUCUCGGCCUGGAUGAAUGCGGGUCAGUCAGUGGCUCCGUGAGUGAGAAAUCAACAUUUCCUGAAACUGCUGCUGACCUUGGUUUUGACCUUGAACCUCAGGCUAAAGUUCUGACAAUAAAAACCAAAUCAAGAAUGAGUAACAUGUCCAACCCCAGGUACUCGAGUGUCUCCCGUCAAGGAUACAGGCAUGAGAGAUCAUCCUCUGGUGACAGGAUCAGCAGGGAGAGUUUGUUAGAGAGGAGUAAGGUGGAGAGGAAAAUGGCCGCCAUUUUUGCUGAUCUGGAAGCUCGCUAUGAUGCCAUGAAAGAGGAGUUGUUGAUUGCUGACAGGGGGCUUACAGCCAUAGUGGCUGAACAAGAUGGCUGCUUGGUGGCGGAGAGUGGGAUAAGUCAUGGUGAUGCUGGGAUAAGUCAAGGUGAUGGUGGGAUAAGUCAAUGUGAUGGUGGGAUAAGUCAAUGUGAUAAUGGGAUAAGUCAAGGUGAUGGUAGGAUAAGUCAGGGUGAUGGUAGGAUAAGUCAGGGUGAUGGUAGGAUAAGUCAGGGUGAUGGUAGGAUAAGGCAAGGUGAUGGUAGGAUAAGUCAAGGUGAUGGGAUAUGUCAAGGUGAUGGUAGGAUAAGUCAGGGUGAUGGUAGGAUAAGUCAAGGUGAUGAUGGGAUAAGUCAAGGUGAUGAUGGGAUAAGUCAAGGUGAUGGUAGGAUAAGUCAGGGUGAUGGUAGGAUAAGUCAAGGUGAUGGUGGGAUAAGUCAAGGUGAUGGUGGGAUAAGUCAAGGUGAUGGUGGUAACGAGGCAAGGCAGGAUAAAAAUAAUGUGGAGUUUGGGAUAACCCAAGAAAAUGUUGAGCAUGGUGUAGGUCAAGAUAGCCAGGAGACAGUGAUAGAACAAGAUAGCCCAGAGACAGUGAUAGGUCAAGAUAGUAUUGAUAAUAGUGAGCAUGGGAUAAGUAGAGAUAGUUCUGAACAUAUGAUAAGUCUUGAUAGUGAGAUAAGUCACAGCACUGUUGUGGAAGGCAAGAUAAUCCAAGAUAUUGUCUAGGAUAUCAAGUGAGAUUUUACAAACUAUUUUUUUUUUUUGUAAAAUAAAAAGUUUUAUUAUUAAACAAAUAUUUAAUGUACAAAAUAAUAUGGUACAAAUUGAAAUGUUUCUGUAACAUUAUUUUAUAUAAUUCAAAUAAAUGUA